AUGCAGGCCCUCAAAGAGACGUUCGCCCAAUGCAAGAAGGAGGGAAGGACAGCCCUCGUGGGCUACUUUACUGCGGGUUAUCCCACCGCUGAAGAGACUCCAGAUAUCAUGCUCGGUUUACAAGCCGGUGGUGUUGAUAUCAUCGAGCUCGGCCUUCCCUUCACAGACCCCAUCGCUGAUGGGCCCACGAUCCAAAAAUCAAACACCGUCGCUCUCGCCAAUGGGAUCACCGUCACCUCAACCCUCCAGUUCGUACGCGACGCCAGAAAAAAGGGCCUUAGAGUCCCCGUCCUUUUCAUGGGCUAUUAUAACCCGCUGCUGCGCUACGGCGAAGAUCGCAUGUUAAAGGACUGCAAGGAGGCCGGUGUCAACGGGUUUAUCAUGGUCGAUUUGCCCCCGGAGGAGGCUGUAAGAUUUCGCAACAAUUGCACAAAGGCCGGAUUAAGCUAUGUGCCGCUGAUUGCCCCUGCGACAUCGGAGAAGAGAAUGAAGCUGCUAUGUCAAAUUGCGGACUCGUUCAUCUACGUUGUGUCGCGGAUGGGCGUGACCGGCGCCACGGGCACACUGAACACCAAGCUUCCUGAGCUGUUAGAGAGGGUACAUCAGUACUCCGGUGGUGUCCCUGCGGCAGUUGGGUUCGGUGUGAGCACGAGAGAACACUUCCUGAGUGUGUCACAAAUUGCUGAGGGAGUGGUGAUCGGCAGUCAGAUCGUCACAGUUUUAGGCAACGCGAAGCAAGGUGAGCGGGCGAAGGCCGUUCAAGAAUACUGCUCUCAAAUCACGGGGAGAAAGGUCGGCGAUUUCAACACGACGGAUGGCUUAACGAGAGAAGUGGGUAUUGUCGAGACCAUGAAGUCUGCAAAAGAACCUAACGCAGCUGCGAAUGGUCUCAACGGUCACCAAGUGCAGGUCGACAAAGUGAUAACCGAUGCCGACGUCCCGUCUGAACCAGGCCUUGCUGACCAGCUUGAUGCCCUCAACUCGUCCACAAAUGGCACCGCUCCCAAUCCUGACGCCAUUCCCGCCCGCUUCGGCCAAUUUGGUGGACAGUAUGUUCCGGAGUCAUUAAUGGACUGCUUGGCCGAACUCGAAGAGGGCUUCCAGCAAGCCAAAAACGACCCAGAAUUCUGGAAAGAGUAUAGAUCAUACUACCCUUACAUGGGUCGCCCCUCAUCGCUGCAUCUGGCCGACCGGCUGACUGAACGAGUCGGUGGUGCGCAGAUCUACCUGAAGCGAGAAGACCUGAAUCACACAGGAAGUCACAAGAUCAACAACGCCUUAGGGCAAAUUCUUCUUGCACGGCGGUUGGGGAAGACACGCAUCAUUGCGGAAACCGGUGCAGGCCAGCACGGUGUUGCAACAGCAACUGUGUGCGCCAAAUUUGGCAUGGAUUGUGUCGUAUACAUGGGUGCAGAAGACGUACGGCGUCAGGCUCUCAACGUCUUCCGCAUGAAACUUCUAGGUGCCAAGGUCGUGGCGGUCGAGGCUGGAUCCCGCACUCUUCGGGACGCAGUCAACGAAGCAUUACGUGCUUGGGUCGUGGAUCUCGACAGCACGCACUACAUCAUCGGCUCAGCCAUCGGCCCCCAUCCUUUCCCGACCAUCGUUCGCACUUUCCAGAGCGUCAUCGGUCAGGAGACCAAGGAACAAAUGAAAGAAUUGACAGGCAAGCUGCCAGACGCCGUGCUUGCCUGUGUUGGAGGAGGAAGUAAUGCUGUGGGCAUGUUCUUCCCCUUCAGUACCGAUCCUUCAGUGAAGUUGAUCGGAGUCGAGGCGGCUGGCGAAGGCGUCGACACGGGCAAGCACUCCGCCACCCUUACUGGAGGUUCAAUAGGUGUCCUUCACGGCGUGAGGACGUACGUGUUGCAGAACGAGCAUGGCCAGAUCAGUGACACGCACUCCAUCUCCGCCGGUCUGGAUUACCCUGGUGUGGGACCAGAGCUGUCGAACUGGAAAGACAGCUCCAGAGCGCGAUUCAUCAGUGCCACCGACGCAGAGGCCCUGAUAGGGUUCCGCACGCUCAGCGAGACGGAAGGAAUCAUCCCUGCGCUGGAAUCGAGUCAUGCUAUCUUCGGGGCCAUGCAGGUUGCGAAGGAGAUGACCAAGGAUCAGACGCUGGUGAUUUGCCUGAGUGGACGCGGAGACAAGGACGUCCAGAGUGUAGCUGAUGAACUGCCCAAGUUGGGUCCAGUCAUUGGCUGGGAUCUGAGAUUCUAG